AUACAUUACAUUUCUCUUCUUAUCUUAAUUAUAAAAUGGGAGUUCCAGCCUUCUUUAGAUGGUUAAGUAGAAAAUAUCCAUCUAUUGUCGUGUCAUGUGUAGAAGAUAAAAAUAUUGAAGACCCAAAGGAUUUAUUAAAUUCUAAUCCUAAUAACAUAGAAUUUGAUAAUGUAUAUCUUGAUAUGAAUGGAAUUAUUCAUCCAUGUUGUCAUCCUGAAUAUAAAGCUGCCCCUGAAACAGAAGAAGACAUGAUGGUUGAUAUAUAUGCAUACAUUGAUAGAUUGUUUGGACUCUUAAGGCCUAGAAAGGUUUUGUACAUGGCUGUUGAUGGAGUGGCUCCAAGAGCUAAGAUGAAUCAACAGAGAUCUCGAAGAUUUAGAGGAGCACAAGAGAGUAGUGAAAAGUCAAGCUGCAUGGAGAAAGUGAAAAGAGAGUUAAUUGCUAAAGGAAUAGCAAUACCUGAUGAAAAAAAUAAGACUUCCUUUGAUAGCAAUUGCAUCACUCCAGGGACACCAUUUAUGCACAGACUAUCUUUAUGCCUGAGGUAUUAUAUACAAGAUAGGUUGACACAUCAUCCAGCUUGGAAAAAUCUAAAGGUUAUUCUAUCUGACGCAAAUGUACCAGGAGAAGGUGAGCACAAAAUUAUGGAUUUCAUUCGCAAACAAAGAGCAAAUCCAGACCAUGACCCAAACACCAAGCAUUGCUUGUGUGGAGCUGAUGCAGAUCUCAUUAUGCUUGGGUUGGCUACUCACGAACCUCAUUUCACCAUCAUUCGGGAAGAAUUUAAACCUCAUCAAGAAAGGCCAUGCGAUAUGUGCGGCAAAAAAGGUCAUGAAUUAAAGGACUGCACGGGGCAAGCACUCUUACCUUCUCUGGCAUCGGCUAACGAUAUCUGGAAUUCCUCCAAUGAUUCGACUGAGGAUGAGGCGCUAGAAAACUCGCUAUCUGACGGUUCCGUUUCCUUCCUCUUCAUACGAAUCGAUCUCCUGAGGCAGUACCUGGAGCGGGAAUUACUCUACGACUCUCCUCGAGGUGGUAACAGCAAUUUCGAAGGGAACAAUGGGAAUACUCCACAAAGAUGGCGGAACAACAACAAUGAAACAAAUGGGAACAGUGAGGUUAGUCUUCAAAGACCCAAGAGAUUGGAUUUCGACCUCGAAAGGGUGAUUGAUGAUUGGGUAUUUUUGUGCUUUUUUGUCGGAAACGAUUUCUUGCCACACUUACCUUCCCUCGAAAUCAGGGAAAAUGCAAUUGACAGACUCGUCCGAAUCUACAAAGAAAUGCUUUCGGGAAUGGAUGGAUAUCUAACAUGCAACGGAUUAGUAAAUCUCAAAUCAGUUCAGGUCAUGCUCACGAAACUAGGGGAGGUUGAAGAUGGGAUAUUCAAGACGCGCCAAGAUAACGAAAAGAGAUUUAGGCAACGUGAAGCUGAACGAUCUGAGAGAGAACAACGUAUAGCCCAAGCUAAUACUAAUGUAGAUGGCGUAUAUCAUCCAUUGGGGAAGCAGGGUUUUAACUCGGUUAAUAGCAAUAACGCGAUUAAAUUCAUUUCAUCUGGGACUUUGAAAGACAUCAAGCCCUCAGCUGCCAACAACAGGAGAGGUUUUGGUGCUUUAGCAUCUUCCGACAAAACGGCCGAUCCUGAUAAGAAUGUGGACGAUGUUAGGUUAUGGGAAGAUGGAUUUAAGGAUAGAUAUUACGCGAUGAAGUUCAAAGCGGAUUCUAACGACAUGAAAUUCAGGAACGAAGUGGCAGUGGCCUACGCCAAAGGACUCUGUUGGGUGCUUUUAUACUAUUAUCAGGGAUGUCCUUGUUGGAAUUGGUUUUUCCCAUUCCAUUAUGCCCCAUUCGCCUCGGAUUUCCAGGGGAUAUCCAAAAAGAUUACCAAUGUAUUCGAAGUCAAAACGUUUCCAUUCAAACCGUUAGAACAACUCAUGGCAGUUUUCCCUGCUGCUAGUGGCAUGCACAUCCCAACUCCAUGGGCCGAAUUAAUGGAAGCUCCUGAUUCACCCAUACUCGACUUCUAUCCCAUUCACUUCAAGGUUGAUUUGAACGGGAAAAAAUUUGCUUGGCAAGGAGUAGCGCUCUUGCCGUUUGUGGACGAAAAGCGUUUGCUAGAAACCCUGCAUGAGAAAGUGUACGACAAGUUGACAGAUUUCGAAAAAAACCUUAAUUCGCAAAGCUUUGACAGGAUUUAUAUUAGUGCAGAGCAUCCAGCAUACUCAGUCAUUAAAUCGAUCAUAGCCUCGGAUAAUAAGUUGGACAGGGGAUUCGUAACUCUAGAAGCCUCUUUCUGUCAGGGUAUGGCAGGUUUGGUCAAAUUGGAUACGCAAAUCGUAAAUGAGGGUGAAAUUCCUUCACCCAUAUCUUCCUUACCUCCUAUCAAGAAUACGCUUUGCGUGGGCGUGUUUUACAAGGAUCCACAAUACUCCGACGAUUACGUAUUUCAAGCAAAACUGUUGCCUAACGUCGAAAUGCCUAUCGACGCUCUCAGACCCAUGAACUGGGACGAAAAAACCCAGGGCAGAUACAGACCUCCUCUAGGUUUUGGCAACAAUAUUACCUCCCUAUUUCCUAGCCCUGGCAGCCAAGUCGGCCCUACCGGAAGGAGAUUGAUGAACCAAGCAUUAGAUAGUGCAACUCGGCAUAAUUCUAAUCUUUCACGGUAUGGCGACGCUAGCGAAACUCGUCGACAAAGGAACAAUAGCUCUUCGUUCAAUAAUCCAUCCGAUGCUUACAACUCAAACCAACCCUACAAUAAUAAUUAUAACCCUAACAGGGACGUUAACAGCCAUGGUGGCCGUGGCAAUUCUAUUCGUUUUAAUCAGCAAUCUUUCGAUUAUUCCAAGACGAAUUCCUUUCAAGGAUACAAUAAUAAUAAUUGGCAGCAGGAAAGAUAUACUCAAAGUUCUAGGCUCAGGGGUGACGACUUCAAUUGGCAACAGCAAAUGUUGGCCCAUAAUAACGCCAACAACAUUAACAGAGCACUGCCUAAUCAAAAUUUUCAAAGCUAUAACAACGGCUUUGACUAUCGCCACAGUGAUAAUGAUAAUAAUAGGCAAAGCCAUAACUAUCGUAAUAAUUCUGAUGGCAAUCCCAAUAGGCAAAGCCAUAACUACAGUAGUAAUCCUGGUGGCAACCCUAGGCAAGGGUAUAUCCACAAUAAUGGCGAUCCUAAUAGGCAAAAUCCAUCCAAUCAAUUCAAUCCUCGCAAUAACAGUAAUUCUAACCAACCUAGAAUGCGCGGUCGUAAUUCCAGUAAUAUCAAUCAUCCUCGCUUUAGCAGAUGAUUUAGAGAUAAUAAUUACCUUUUGGGAAAAUAUAUAUAACCUUUUAGUUUUGUUAUUUAAUUAAAGGGGGAAAGGAUUCAUUUUUUAAUCCUUAUUUUUUUGUAUGAACCCAAACAAUGGGAGCCAAGUCCUGAAAACUAUAUAUUAUAUAAUUUUAUGACAUUUUGAAUAUUAAUAAAAAAAAACACUAUUGGCAGAAUUAUUCGAUAUCACGACAAAACAUUAAACUCGAAUAUUAUAUUCAAAUAAAUUAUUUUC